AUCAUUGGUGUCAGUGGGAGGAAUAGCAUCCCAUCAUUGGUGUCAGUGGGGGGGGGGUGGAGGAAUAGUGCCCCAUCGUUGGUGUCAGUGGGGGGUGGAAUAGUGCUCCAUGAUUGGUGUCAGUGGGGGGGUGGAAUAGUUCCCCAUCAUUGGUGUCAGUGGGGGUGGAAUAGUUCCCCAUCAUUGGUGUCGGGGGGGGGGGAGGAAUAGCGCCCAAUCGUUGGUGUCAGUGGGGGGGAGGAAAAGUGCCCCAUCGUUUGUGUCAGUGGGAGGAAUAAUGCCCCAUCAUUGGUAUCAGUG